CUGAUUCGGAACAAAAUUCCUGGAUAAUAGCAGGUUCAAGGAAAUCUUGUUUUAGGUGUUUGGAGCAUACAUGAAAAUAUUUUCUUGCAUAUAGAAUUACAUUCUUCAUUUCAAGCCACAAUUAAAGAUCACUUUCAGCAAAAUGUGAUAUUGUGUGGAAAAGGAAUAUUUGAAAUUUGACAAAAUGUGAAUAUUAAAAUAAAAUGGCAUGGGUUGAGGAACGGAAAACAACAUUUUCUGGUGUAACUGAGCAGGAUGAAAAAUCAGGAUCUAGUCAGAAUGGAUUUAAGAGAAACAGUUAUAUGUCACAGUACCUCCAUAAUGAAAAACAGGAAGUGAUAUUCGGUGGUUAUACCCCUAGUGUUACAGAUGGUGCAAAAUUGACUGAGAGGCUGAUUCAAAAUCGGACGUUGCCUCAUCCGAGAGAUGGUAAUGUUGAAGAUGCAAUAAUAACUGUGCCAUUAUGCAUUGGAUUGAUAGGUGUGGAAAACGUAUUAGUGCCAUUUUCCUUUUUUAACCAGGUAGAGGGAAUCAAUAAUGUAGAAUUCCAGCUGAGAGUGAGCCUUUUUGACCUAGCCUAUCAUCAGUUCUUUGGUCGGCAAUGGGCAGGGCAAUACUCAGAACUGACAGGCAUAGGUGGCCAAUCAAAGCCAAAGCUCCGCCUCUCACAAAAUAUUUACUUCCAUACAUCUAUAGUCAGUUCCAACAUAGUGGCUGUGGUUGAACUUGUAUCUUCAGGAUUAGAUGAAGGGGGCCGUCUUAAAAAGAUUUCUUGUGGGUGGGGUAUAAUUAGACCCUUCAGAGAUGAGGAAAUUCCUGACACAGCCAGAGGAAUUAAACCUCCUACACAGAAGUGUCAAUUAUAUAAUGGCACUCCAAGAGCUUUGUAUUUCAUGGAUGAACCAAUUGAAGACUGCGAGUUUCUAAGGCCUAUACCAGACUGUGAGUUAGGUUUUACCAUUGCUACACACAAGGCUAUGUACAAAGUAACACAUCUGUUACCCGAGAACACAGUUGUUGGCAACAAUGACGUUAUUCCAGGUCUCUUUGAUAGCGACUCAGCAGCCAAAGACAAACUGAAGAAGCCAAAGAAGUUGAAGUCUUCAGCUUGCACUAUAGAGCAUGUGACGUUACAAUUGAACCCAACGAUAGAAAAGUUUGAGGAAGAACUGUGUGAGACUUUACAAGAAGAUAGACUCAAUAUGAUGGGAAAACAUUCUGACGGUACUUCCGUGGUAAUAAUGGAAAGAAGAUUACUGGUUGGUGUACACAAUGGCUGGACAUUUGUAGAGAAGCCUCAGACAUUUUUACUGGAUGCCAAGAACAUAUCUAUGAAAUCAUUGAAGCCCGGUGCUAGCCCUACAUUCAGGCGAAGCCAGAGGUUUAAAAGUUCCCACAAAUCACAAGGUGCUGAAGAUGGACCUGACAUGAUGAAUCACCUUGUACUUAACCAGCGAGUUCACAUCAAUGAUCUUCUAGAGGACCCGAUGUUUGCUGUUGUAUUUAUCCUGGAAUAUGUGAUUGGGGAACAACUCUCAGCAGAAGAUAGAAAAAUGGCCAGAAGUAUUCAGAGAGGUAACACAAGGUCAGUAACUCUACGUUGGUCUGCAUGGAACCCGUUCCUACAGCAGCAUAAUUCUCCACAUGUCACUGUAGGCCUGUUUGGUGGCCCAAUUCCAUCACCAGAUGGAGAAUUUGUCUACAAAGUUCCAGAUACAGCCAUGCAGGACGAGAUCUCUUCAAGAACUGCUGGUGGUCUUAUGGCAUUCCAGUGGGGCUUUGGUUUCAAGGAAAGUGUCUCAUCUGGAAUACAUCCCACCCACCCAAUGGCUUUGGCACCAGGUUUUCCAAUGGGUUCAGCUCACUCUAUGCGGUCUAUGGAAAGCAGUGACGUUGGUAUGAUGGUUGAGUCUCCCACGGCACAAAGGAAACCACCUUCAGGUCGACCGCUUUCUUCAAGGGGUCCAGCAGGACCGACCACUCUGGCAGUCCCGCAGCAGGUAGGAGCAGGAAGUGUUUUACAGCCGCAGCAGGUACCGAUGCAGUACCCUCAGGUGUACGCCCAGAGUAUGCCACAACAGAUGUAUAUACCCAUGCACCAGGGACCAGUACAGAUGUAUGGCAUGCCGGGUCCAGUACCAGACAUGCAGGAGUUGAGGUAUACUCCGUCUUAUCAACCCAUCUUGACAGCUGCUCCACAACCCAAAAAAGGAUCUGGCUUAUCGAGAGCUGCCUAUGCCAAGUUAUACUCUGUGGGAUUCCCGCCAGUUCUAGAUCGUAAUGGAGAACCACCAGAGGUUAUAGAUCCUAACACACAUGUUGUCACAGUAGAUCUACAGAGAGAGAUGAAUGAUCCUCUACAAUGUAAUGAAGUCAUCUUCCAGUUCCUCGCAUUCUCAAAAAUGAUGGAACAUAUUGGAGCGUCAGGACCAGAGAAGACUGGAGGCACUGUGUUUUUCUCCUUCCAGUUCUACAGGAACCAACAAGUCACCACAGAAAGGUUGUUGCUGUCAAAACCUCAGAAUGACCUUUCUUCGGAUAUACACUCCAUGCCUUACAUACUACAUAAACUUGAUAAAGAUGGAACUUUGCUCAAGGGUCCUCCAGGCUUAGAGAUUCGCUAUUUCAUGGACCCAGCAUUUAUGAAGCCUGGUGAGACACAACUGUUUUUACAACAUUUGUCCCAGCAGACGAUGUAUAUAGAUGUAUGGGACGGUGACUCCCUCUUACCUCUCGGUAGUACAGCACUAGAGCUGAAGUAUUUAUGUAGAACUGGUAUGGAGGCAGUUCAGACAACGUUUGAGUUAGACGUGGUCUCCACAGAAUACCAGGAAGAUCCUAAUCUGGCCCACGGGGAGGCGGGAGCUGGUGGUGUCAGGCCAGCCAAUGUCCAGUCAGUGGUCAGGGGCAAGCUUCAUCUAAGGCUGGCAAACAUUGGACAUCCUGCUGAUCCUAAAAGUACAACCACAGGAUUUGGUCAGCCGACUUUGCCAACAUUCACAAUGGACCCGCAUGCAUAUAUAAGCCUACCGAGUAAAAGUUUUCAGAUUGUUUCUCAGACGGCCAGUAACUCCGCCUUCGGGGGCGGGAGUCUGAUUGCAGGAGGAGCUAAAACUGAAUAUGGAGUACCCAUAAAGAAACGUGUAGCAAGAGCCCAUCAUGUAGCAGAGAAUAAUAGGGAAGUGGCGGCACUUCUUUUCUCGAAGCGGGAGGAGAUUGAACCUGUCACUGAGUCUCAUAGGGAGGCUGAUUCUGAAAGACAAAGAAAACUUGCGAGAAUGCAGGCUCUGAGAAAUCAGGAUGGUGGCAUUGAGAAACCUCAGACUUUGAUGGCUCACAAACAGCUUAAAACAGAGAGAGCGAGAGAUCUGAAAACCAUGGAGAUAUACCGUAUGCAGACAAAGAAAGAAGGUAUAGAGGCAAUGCUGAGUCAGUCUAUAACAACAGAACAUGCCAUCCAUCCUUCAUUCGGAACAUCAGAGUUCUUCGAGUUUGUACUACGCAACCCGUUCAAUGUGGAACAUACUGUCAAAAUAGAAUGGGAGAGCAAAAAUUUGCAUUGUGUAACUGACACAAGAGAAUGGCGUUACUUCAAGCAGUUAUACCAGAUACAGUCACACAUGGAAGAAGGCAUGUUUACCAGCGAGACAAAAGCUCACUUCCCAGAAGUCUUCCUAAGACCGAAGGAAACUGUGAACAUUCCCUUCAAAUAUCUGUCGUUCCUUGCAGAUCAGUCUGCCAAACCACAGGGGCCUGUGGAUCCAUUCAGACAAACAAUGAAAAGAAACACAUCCAAGCCAACUGAUUCUCUCAGACCCAAAACAAUAAAGGUUUAUUUCAAGAGUGAGGAUGAGAAGCCACUGGCUAUACUGUUACUGAAGGUUGAACCCCAGCCCCAUGUUAUAGAUCAGACAUUUAGAUUCCACAGCCCAGAACAAACUUUCCUGAAGAAAUCUAUCAGGUUGCCACCACUAGAGAGUCUGCCAGGUGCACCAGUGGGCAGUGGUAAUGUUGUACAUACUGUAGCAAGAUGUAGUGACCCAAAUAUUAUCUGUGAUACCAAAACUACCCAACCUGGAGAACCUCAAGAUGUCUUUGUGAAGGUGCCUCUAGGAGCAUCACCUCAGAUCAAGAAAUUCUUCAUGGCUGUGUACCUGGAUCCUUUUAUGGCACGACCUAUACAGAUCUGGCAGUUCUAUGUCCAUGCCCUACAGAGAGUGGAUGUGUCGGCCGUGGAGGGUCAGACUAGCAGGUUCUCCCUUCUGCUAAGGGGUACUCAAGCAUCAAGACUUGUGAAGUGUUUCUCGUCUCAUCCUGAUGAAAUGACUCUUUACCCGACAGAACAAUUCAUGUUAGCUGCAGGGGCAGUACAUGAGCUGAAUGUCGCUGUCAGACCAAUGCAGGAAGGUAACAAAUUCUUCUACAUCAAUGUUGUUGACGUGGAGUUCCACCAACUCGUGCGCACGUGGCUUAUCUGUGUCAGUUCACGAGCACCGAUGAUCUCAAGGGCAUUUGAACUUGCUUUACCAGUUGGCGGCGGAAAAGGGUGCAGCAAGAAAAUCACAUACACCAAUCCAUACCCUCAUAAAAAGACAUUCCUGUUACAUUCUAACAGAGAAGAUCUGUUACAGUUUAAAGAAUCUACUAUGGAAAUUGAAGGUGGUGGUACGUCGACGAUUGGGCUGAGAUUUGUACCUAUACAACAAGCAGGCACUGCGGAAAUACUCGUGUUUAUAAAUGAUGAGGAGGAUAAAAAUGAGGAGACGUUCCGAGUAACAGCAGUGUAUCAGCGAAUGUAGAUAUUUAUUUUGCAUGUCAGACAUGACAGAUGUAGAGACUUACAGGAUACCAUUACGAGGGAUUCUUUACUCAGUUAGCGUCUGCUAAAGGUUAUAAAAAACAAGUUUGGCAACCAGUCUCAGAUCUACAUCAGACUGGUCAAGUAUAAGCUUAUUUCUAAAGUUGACCAAUGGCUGCACAGCAUUUUGAGAUUGGUCUCAGAACUGAAGUUUAAUUACCGGUAAACCUUGAAAUUGAGAGGUGUAAUGUGCUUUUAUAUACUGCCAAAUUGAUAGAUGUAGGAUAGUUGCAUAAGGACUUCAAGUGCAUAAAUGGAAAGAAAUAUAUGGAAAAUAAAUCAAUAUAUAUAUAUUGCAUUUAGUAAUACAUGCUUUUAUGACGCAUAACAUUUUUGCCAAGAAAAGAGAUCUAAAUUACUUUGUGUAUAUUGUAUCUCAUUACUGGAUAUUUUUGUAUGUAACUUUAAAGAACAUUUCAUUUGGCAGCAAAAAAUAUAUAAAUAUGUACAGUUGUAUAUAUCUAUUUAUAUAUAACUUAUCAAACAACAGCUGCAUGGUUUAUUAUGAAUCGUGUCACAUUUUCCGUCCAUUGAUUACUGUUUAAUCUCAUUAUCUUGCCUUAUUUGAAUGGUAAAAAGCAGGUAGUAAGAAAUGCCAUUUACUUCCACACUUACUGUUAGGAGCUGUCAUUGAUUCAAAGGUUUUGUAUCAAAAUAACAACUGCAGAUAUAAACAUUACAUUGGUAUUGAUAUUCCAAAAUUCUGUAUGGACACAUUGUCAACAUUAACCAUCUUAUCAAUACAUGUGAUUAAACACGACAGGCCUACUUGAUCUGCUGUGAAAUCAUUUAAUUUCGUGGGUAUGAAAUUUCUUGGUUUUGCUGAAUUAAGCUAAUUUUUAGCUCACCUGUCACAAAGUGACAAGGUGAGCUUUUGUGAUCGCGUGGUGUCCGUCGUCCGUCGUCCGUCCGUGCGUCCGUUUGUGCGUGCGUCCGUAAACUUUUGCUUGUGACCACUCUAGAGGUCACAUUUUUCAUGGGAUCUUUAUGAAAGUUGGUCAGAAUGUUCAUCUUGAUGAUAUCUAGGUCAAGUUCGAAACUAGGUCACGUGCCUUCAAAAACUAGGUCUAAAAAUAGAAAAACCUUGUGACCUCUCUAGAGGCCAUAUAUUUCACAAGAUCUUCAUGAAAAUUGGUCAGAUUGUUCACCUUUAUGAUAUCUAGGUCAGGUUCGAAACUGGGUCACGUGCCGUCAAAAACUAGGUCAGUAGGUCUAAAAAUAGAAAAACCUUGUGACCUCUCUAGAGGCCAUAUAUUUCAUGAGAUCUUCAUGAAAAUUGGUCAGAACGUUCACCUUGAUGAUAUCUAGGUCAAGUUCGAAACUGGGUCACGUGCCCUCAAAAACUAGGUCAGUAGGUCAAAUAAUAGAAAAACCUUGUGACCUCUCUAAAGGCCAUAUUUUUCAUGGGAUCUGUAUGAAAGUUGGUCUGAAUGUUCGUCUUGAUGAUAUCUAGGUCAAGUUUGAAACUGGGUCACGUGCGGUCAAAAACUAGGUCAGUAGGUAUAAAAAUAGAAAAACCUUGUGACCUCUCUAGAGGCCAUAUAUUUCAUGAGAUCUUCAUGAAAACUGGUCAGAAUGUUCACCUUGAUGUUAUCUAGGUCAAGUUCCAAAGUGGGUCACGUGCCAUCAAAAACUAGGUCAGUAGGUCAAAUAAUAGAAAAACCUUGUGACCUCUCUAGAGGCCAUAUUUUUUAUGGGAUCUGUUUGAAAGUUGGUCUGAAUGUUCAUCUUGAUGAUAUCUAGGUCAAGUUCGAAACAGGGUCAUGUGCGGUCAAAAACUAGGUCAGUAGGUCUAAAAAUAGAAAAACCUUGUGACCUCUCUAGAGGCCAUUCUUGUGAAUGGAUCUGCAUAAAAAUUGGUCAGAAUGUUCACCUUGAUGAUAUCUAGGUCAAAUUUGAAACUGGGUCACGUGCCUUAAAAAACAAGGUCAGUAGGUCAAAUAAUAAAAAAACCUUGUGACCUCUCUAGAGGCCAUACUUUUUAUGGAAUCUGUAUGGAAGUUGGUCUGAAUGUUCAUCUUGAUGAUAUCUAGGUCAAGUUCAAAACUGGGUCAACUGUGGUCAAAAACUAGGUCAGUAGGUCUAAAAUUAUUAAAAUCUUUUGACUUUUCUAGAGACCAUAUUUUUCAAUGGAUCUUCAUGAAAAUUGAUCUGAAUGUUCACCUUGAUGAUAUCUAGGUCACUUUCGAAACUGGGUCACUUGCGGUCAAAAACUAGGCCAGUAGGUAUAAAAAUAGAAAAACCUUGUGACCUCUCUAGAGGCCAUAUUUUUCAUGAGAUCUUCAUGAAAAUUAGUGAGAAUGUUCACCUUGAUGAUAUCUAGAUAAAGUUCAAAACAGGGUCAUGUACCUUCGAAAACUAGGUCAAUAGGUUAAAUAAUAGAAAAACCUUGUGACCUCUCUAGAGACCAUAUUUUUCAAUGGAUCUUCAUGAAAAUUGGUCAGAAUUUUUUUCUUGAUAAUAUCUAGGUCAAGUUCAAAACUGAGUCACAUGAGCUCGAAAACAAGGUCACUAUGUCAAAUAAUAGAAAAAACGACGUCAUACUCAAAACUGGGUCAUGUGGGAAGAGGUGAGCGAUUCAGGACCAUCAUGGUCCUCUUGUUUGAAAAUAAAUUUGUGGAGUUGAAGUUCAGGAGGUAAAAUGAAUGGAAAUUUCAUAUGUUCGUUAGGAUUAAACUCAAUGAAUUGAUACAACCAUAAGAUCAAUGAAGUAUGUCGCCUACGAAUAUUUAUGAUUCCAAAAUAUAGUAACAUACCAUAUAAAAAUGUGAAAAAGGCAAAAUGGUAUGUUGAUCAUCUAUCCCUCUUCAUUUUUCAUCAUCUUUGAAAAAUGAUACCAUUAUUUAUGCAUAGCAUGUUUUUUAACUUGGUCAGUUAUCACUACGGUCAGUGAAAAAAUGAUGUAUUUAAUUUUAAAAGAAUAAGUACUGCUUCUACUUUUUUUAAAGGACGAAACGCAUUGUAUGUAAGAGAUAAUGCCUUGUUUUUUUUUUAGAUAUAAAAGAUUGUUAGAAUUGAUUUAACAAUACAUUUUUGUUAGCCGCCGAAUCUUUUUAUACAUUCAGCCGUCUCGUGUUGUACUUUUAAAUUAAUGUAUAUUUCAUAUCUCCAAGACUGUGAUAUAUCUUGUCUCUUUUCAUGUUGCUUUUUACAAAAACUUACAGUUAUCUUUAUACAUGUGGGUAGCUGUAUACAUCAGGAAACAGAGGCCUUACAUUGUAAGUUAUUGUUUGUGUAUCAAUAGAUUAUUUAUUAGAGUGACUGUGUAAAUGUACACCUUAGAUGCCAAACGUAGAAAAAUAAUAAAACUGAAUAAAAAUA